GAGAGAGAGAGAGAGAAAGAGAGAGAGAGAGAGAGAGCGACUAGUGUGUGAGGCAAUGUGAGAGAAGAGAACAACUUAGCAAGAGACAGGCAGAGAUGAGAACAGUGGUGGUAUUUUUAUUCUGACCACAGAAACCUGUUGACAUGCUUCCGUGACGACAGCCCAUCUAGUGCUUCUGAACUUGGGUUCCUCAAUACUUGGGCAACUUUUUAGCUGAAGGGAGUGACAAGUCAGACUGAGUAAAAGAGAAAGAAAAAGAGUAAACGUAAGAUACAGUGAAAGAAGGGGAAAGUUAAGAGAGAUAGAGAGACAGAGAUAGACAGAUUGUACAAGCCACUGGGGCUUUCAAGAACAUGUGACAUGACAAAGCGCACUGUCGGGGGACCUGCCACACCAUGGAACUCCAAGCUCAGCUCCUGAGGAGGCUUCUGGCUCAGUUUGCCAGCAAAGAGGCCACAUCGACUUGUGAAGACAGUGUCUAUGCUGUUGAGUUCCUGAAACUGAAGAGGCAGUCCACCAAAUACCGCACAGACAAGACCUACUCCACCAAGGCUGCUGAGAAGCAGGAGAAUGUGAAGAAGAACAGAUAUAAGGACAUUGUUCCAUUUGACCACAGCAGGGUGAAGCUUUCACUGAACACUUCUAAAAAUGACACGGACUACAUCAAUGCCAAUUUUAUCCGGGGAGUUUGGGGGCCAACGGAGUACAUUGCCACACAAGGCCCACUGCCAAACACAGUUCUGGACUUCUUGAGGAUGAUCUGGGAAUACAACGUGCAUGUCAUCGUCAUGGCAUGCAGGGAAUUUGAAAUGGGAAGGAAAAAGUGUGAGCGCUACUGGCCUGAAUCUAUGGUGGAAGCAUUUGUGUGUGAACCGUUUACUAUAUGCUGUGAAUCAGAAGAGAACAAGGGAGACUAUUUGAUAAGGACGCUGAAGAUUACUUUUCAUAAUUCGUCUCGUACACUGAAGCAGCUGCACUAUAUGAACUGGCCGGAUCACGGUGUACCAGACUCCAUCCCCCCCAUUCUGGAGAUGCUGCAGGACAUGCGUGUGUUUCAGGAGCAGGACGACUUGCCCAUCUGCAUCCACUGCAGUGCCGGCUGUGGAAGGACUGGGGCGCUGUGUGUCAUUGACUACACUUGGAAUCUACUGAAAAAACAAAUGAUACCAGAUUACUUCAGCAUCUAUGACCUGGUUCAGGAGAUGAGAACACAGAGACCUUCCAUAGUCCAGACUAAGGAGCAGUAUGAACUGGUGUACAGAGCAAUUAAAUUCCUGUUCGAGAAGCAUCUGCAGAUAAUGGAGUCAAACACAAAAUAUAAUGAGGUUCUAGCUGCACCUCCUCUCAUCCCCGUUGACAGUAACAGUGAGGAUUCAGAAUUCAGUGAGUCUGAGGAAGAGCCAGAGUCUGUAGAAGGGAAUAAACUCUAUCCAUUUUAUGACCCCAGGUAUUCUGAAAAGGAGGUUAAUACUGACUUUUCCAAUCAUUUUGCACCAAGUGCAGCCUCUCAGCUACUUCUGCCAUCUCAUUCUCGACCUCCAAGUCCACCAGGCAUCAAACGCACACCAGCAGUUAUUCUCAAUGACAUGAAAUGCUGGGCCAUGUCUAAAAUUUCCCCAAGGGCUACUGCCACAUCAAGUCAACUGCAGAACACAGGUCUUGGACAUCCCAAGUCACAAAUUCAGGAGCCUCUGCCACUGCAGCCAACAGAUCUUGGAUACCAAAAUUCUCAGAUCCACAAACCACCUCCACCCCAGACAACCAUUACUGGAUACCAAAUGUCUCAAACCCAUGAACUUCUGUCCCAGCAUCCAGCUGAUCUUGGAUACCAAAAAUCCCAGAUCCUCAUACCUCCUCCACUGCAGACAACUGUUACUGGAUACCAAAUGUCUCAAACCCAUGAACUUCUGCCCCAGCAUCCCGCAGAUCUUGGUUACCAAAUGUUCCAGACACUUGAACCUCCUUCACCGCAGCCAACAGAUCUUGGAAACGACCGAAAGUCCCAGAUAGUCAGACCUCCUCCACUGCUUCCAACAGAUUUUGGAAGCCGAAAGUCUCAGAUACUCGGACCUCCCCCAAACCCUCCAACAGAUCUUGGGAACCGAAAGUCCCAGCUCCUUGGACCUCCUCCACCGCCUCCAACAGAUCUUGGGAACAGAAAGUCACAGAUACUUGGACCUCCUCCACUGCUUCCAACAGAUCUUGGGAACCGAAAGUCUCAGAUACUCGGACCUCCUCCACCACCUCCAACAGACCUUGGAAACCGAAGGUCUCAGAUACUCGGACCUCCCCCACCGCCACCAACAAAUCUGGGAAACCAAAAGCACCAGAUACUGAAACCUCCUCGACCUCAGAAAACAGAUCUUGGAUACCAAAAUGCUCAGACACCCGAACCUUUUCCAGUUCAGGAAUCAAAUCUUGGAUACCAGAAAUCACAGAUACUUGAACCUCCUUUUCUGCACACUCAGAUACUUGAACCAUCACCAGUUCAGCAAACAAACACUGUACAGCUAAAGUCUCCGAUACCUAAACCUCCUCGAUCUCAGAAAGCAGAUCUUGGAUGCCAUAAACCACAAAUACCUGAAAGUGCUACAACAAAUCAAAACCAAGAAACAGACAUUUGGAAAUCCAAUAAUCCUUUUAGUCCAACACCAGUACCGGAGACCAGCCCACAUCAGACACACACGACAGAAACAAACAAUAAUGGUGCUCUUCUGCAGACUCCCUCCAUUUGUCUUACUGUGGAGGAUCCAUAUUUUGGCCCAGAAUCUCCUUUAUCUACUAGGUCUCCAGAGUGUAAAGAAGCAUUACCCAUCCUCACUGCCAACUCCUGUUUCCCUGAACCUACUUUGGCUAUUAAAACUCAGAGCACUGAAUUGCUAAUGCAGGACAAAAUUAAAGAGACCUCACCUGUGUCUGAUGAGGAUAGCCCUCCUCCACUCCCAGAGAGAACCCCAGAAUCCUUCAUGUUGGCUGAUGAAGGAUCUCCACAAAUUCUCACUCCUACUCUUCUUACAUGCACAAACGAUUCGUCUCUGUUGACUGAUACAAAUAUGGCCGAUAUGGGUGAUGUGGAAGGUAAUGGAGAUGUUGACACGGGCAAUACAGGCAAUACAGAGAAUACGGGCAUGGACCACAGCUUGACAUUGGUCAUCCCACCUGAUAAUUCAAGCAGUGGAGAAAACCCACCUUCUCCUGCACCACCUUUGCCAGAAAGAACUCCAGAAUCUUAUGAAAUGGCUAAUGAUGAAGAUUUAUUACAGAAUGCGGUACAAGAAAAGCCCCAGGAGACUGUGCUCAGGGUCGGCAAAUCAUCUGAAUGGUCUGGGAAUUCUAACUUGGAUACACCAGACUUUAUGAGGUCCUGGUCCAGGAGCAAGAGUUUAAAAGCUAGGCUGUCACUUAAUGUUCCAACAUCCAGUUGGAACAUCCAGUCGUUUUCUCCAAUUCCCAUGCCCUUACAAGAACCUCAAAAAAGUCUCACUCCGCCUCUCCCUGAGCGCACACUUGAAUCGUUUCUGAUGGAUGCUUCAGAGACACCAGCACUUCUAACUCCUCCACUUCCUACCAGAACCCUAGAAUCUUUUAUCAUAGAGACAGAAGAAGAACUGAGCGACAGCGCCCCCUGUCAGUCCGAACCAGUCGAGCAAAGGGACAGAUUGGGUGUUUCGUCUGAGUGGGCAGGAAACUCUCAGCCCAGGACAUUCCUAGACGUGAUGACCAGAAGCAGGAGUGUUAAAGUGAAAAGUUCAAAACAAGAGGGUUUAUCUGUGGCUCCUCAGCCUGAUCCCAAUAGUGGGGCUACAGCAGAGCCUGAAUUACCUAGAGCAGAGGACCAGACAUCAAUGGACAGUAGACGUCCUGCGAUGUUGCAGCCUGAGAAGACAGCACUCCCCAAAAAGUCCAGGACAAAGAGUUUGAAAUUGUGGAAAGGAAAACCGAAAACGAAAGAAGCUCCUGCGCCUGGUUCUGCUCCCCAAAACCAUGGCGCUACUUCAGGCUUCAUAUUUAGUAAGAAAUUCUCCAUCUUUAACUUUGGAACACGUUUUGGGAAACCCAAAGGACCAAGGAAUCAGCCUGAAACCUGGGUGUAAACCGGAAUCGGUGGGUCAUGAAGGAACUGCCUGCCUGCAUCAGGUUCCUAUUUGAUGGGAAAAAACGAGAAAAAAAAAAGAGACUGACAUACUGUAGACGAAGACAAAGGAAUGAAUGAUAUUCCUUAAGCACUGAAGCUCACUGGUUACAAAUGAUAAUAAAAUUGACAGUUUGGUCAGAAGCGUCCUGAAAGAAAAAACAAGAUUCAAAGUUAUUGUUUCCUAUAUAGUGUUUCAGCUGCUUCCCCAAACUUAAGUACAAGCUCAAGCAGAAGUACAGAAGGCCAGGGGAUACAUCAGCUCAUAGGAGUUGUUUUAACAAUAAUAAAAAGUCACGUGACACACAUUCUGUUUGUCCUGCCGUCGGUGUUUGUUUUGGCUGCUGGUGUGUGUAGUCAGUGUGGGCGUGUCAGCCGCGUGUCACAGACGUUACUCAACAUAUGUAACAGUGGGCGGCGUCAUCAUUCUCAACAACUUCCAUGUCAUACCGUAAGGUAAUAAUUAUAAUCAUUUGAUCAGCAGAUCAUCAUUAGGUUGAUAUGUGGGCGGAGCUGCGGUAAACCUCUAGUUAGCAGGUGGCCAAAUUCACACUUCAGUUUCUGCACACCAGUGUGGUUGGUUAGGCAACGCAAUGCCUUGCAGAAAUGUAGUGAAGUACAGAUACAUGGAAUAUGUACUUAUGUACAGUAAUGAAGUACAUGUUCUCCGUUACCUCCCACCUCUGCCUGUGUGGCCAGCUGAAACCUAUAAAUCACUGCAGUUUAAAGGCUAAUCGAGUAUCUGCUUUUAUAAAUAAAUUAAGCGGCCAGUUGUGGCAUUUUAGAUUACGUUUAAAAGUGAGAAAGAUAGAAAGAUGAGAAUUUGAUCUCGUAGCCUCAAUGUAUGCAUUCAUGGUCUGUAUAGAAUUUUUUCCUUUUUUAUGUUACUCCAUAUUGUUUUGAGUUUUUAUUCAAGUAAUGUCAAAUAGCUUUCUCAUUUUAUUUUAUUUUUAUAUAUGUUGCUGUUAGGGAAAAGAAAAAAAAAUAGAUUUUUUUACUACUGAUGGAUCCUCUUUUGUUAGACGAUCAGGAUUAACCAAAGGACCGCUCCAUCGUUUUGUAUCAUGUUUGCUUCUGGUAUGUCGGUCAUUUGCACUAUAACUUUAUAAAAGUUCAGUAUAUUUAUACACAAGAAGGUCGCAGUAGUGUGUACUCUCUCAGUGGCUACUAGGUUUGAAGGUAAUAUGAGCUGCAAAGACAAACUAUCAGCUGAUGUCUGUAUGAGCAUCCACUCAAUAUGUAUUGUAUUUUAUUCACAUACUCUUUUUGCACAUGUAUAUGAAAAUUACAGGUGGAAGGGGAUGAAUUAUUUAAAGUAAUAAUUUAAUGCAGGUAGUAAUUUAAACAGGAGUGUCAAAGUGUUAUGCUAUCAUGUUAAUUAAAAUGAUCAAUUACAGUGUACAAAUACAUUUUGCCUGAAAGUAUUAUACUUUGAUUAAGACGUUUUAUGAGUCAAGAUAAAAUAUGUCAGGAAUUAUUUUUUACAAAUUGUUUUGGAUCUUAAUAUAAAUGUAUGUAGAUUAUCAGUAAUGUCAUGGUCGCACAAUAUCAUGGUCCGUAUGCUUUUAUACAGGCAUAUCUUCACAUCCUCAGGGGAAAGUAUUUACUUACUCUGGAUAAUGCAAUAACAAUGUUAUCAUCAAUGGUCAAAAACGUUUUGCUUCAGUGGCCCUAGCUUACCCAGUUUUGGAAACAAAAUGUCAAUCCAAAAAAAAAAAUA